AUGCCUCGGGAGCAGCCGGCUGGCUGCAUCCUUCUCCUCGCAUUCCUGGGUCUGUCUGGGCUGGUUGGUGCAGUUACCAGAACGUACCACAUUGGGAUUCUGGAAGAAUACUGGAACUAUGUACCCCAAGGGAAGAACGUUAUUACGGACACAAGUUUUUCAGAAGACAAACUUGCAACCUUGUUUCUUGAAAGAGGGCCCAACAGGAUAGGCAAUAUUUACAAAAAGGCUGUUUACAGACACUUUACAGAUGGGACCUAUUCCACGGAGAUCCCCAAGCCCUCCUGGCUUGGGUUCCUGGGCCCCAUCUUGAGGGCUGAAGUGGGUGAUGUGAUUGUCAUUCAUCUGAAGAACUUUGCUUCUCGACCUUACUCUUUGCAUCCACAUGGUGUUUUCUACAAUAAAGACUCAGAAGGAGCCUUAUACCCAGAUGGAACAUCCGGAAGGAACAAGGAUGAUGACAUGGUUCCUCCUGGCAAAAACUAUACCUAUGUCUGGCCAGUGAGAGAAGAAUAUGCACCUACUUCUGCAGAUGCUAACUGCCUGACCUGGGUGUACCAUUCACACAUUGAUGCCCCUAAGGACAUUUGCUCUGGGCUGAUUGGCCCCCUACUGGUGUGUAAGGAAGGUAUUCUGAACAGGUACUCAGGGACGAGGACUGAUGUGGAUCGAGAGUUUGUUAUAAUGUUUACACUCGUGGAUGAGAACCAAAGCUGGUACCUUGAUGAAAAUAUCCAGCAUUUCUGCACUAAACCCAGUUCAGUGGACAAAGAUGAUGCUGUUUUCCAGAGAAGCAACAAAAUGCACGCCCUCAAUGGAUACCUCUUUGGAAACUUCCCCGAGCCAGAAAUGUGUGUUGGUGAAUCCGUGUCCUGGCACCUAUUUGGAAUGGGGAAUGAAAUAGAUAUCCAUUCUAUCUACUUUUAUGGAAACACCUUCAUCAGCAGAGGGCAUCGGACUGAUACUGUCAACCUGUUCCCAGCCACCUUCCUUACAACAGAAAUGAUAGUCAAGAACCCUGGGAAAUGGAUGAUAACCUGCCAAGUCAGCGAUCACCUACAAGCUGGUAUGCUGGGACAAUACAACGUUGGUAACUGCAAAAGUGGUGUUUCUCACCCCAAGAUGAAGGGUCAGCAGAGGCGCUACUUUAUAGCAGCAGAAAAAGUUCUUUGGGAUUAUGGUCCUCUAGGAUAUGACAAAUUCAGUGGUCUCCAGCUAAAUGACUCUGAAAGUAAUUCUGCAACCUACUUCACACAAGGGGAAAACAGAAUAGGAGGAAAAUAUUGGAAGGCUCAAUAUAUAGAAUAUGCUGAUGCAACUUUUACUCAGAGAAAGAGACCUUCUGGGACAGAAGCCCAUCUUGGAAUUCUUGGUCCAGUCAUCAAAGCAGAGGUGGGUGAUACCCUGCUCGUGACCUUUGCUAACAAAGCUGACAAAGUCUACAGCAUUUUGCCCCAUGGGGUGCUCUACGACAAAGCAUCUGAUGCAGGCCCAAAUGUAGAUGGAUUUCUGAAACCAGGGGCACAUGUUAAGCCAGGUGAAACCUUCACAUACAGGUGGACGGUGCCUGAAAGCGUAAGCCCAACAGUUGAUGACCCCCCCUGCCUGACCUAUGUAUACUUCUCAGCAGUUGACGCAAUCAAGGACACCAGUUCUGGCCUUGUAGGGCCUUUGCUAGUCUGUAAAAAGGGUGUUCUCAAUGUUGAUGGGACACAGAAAGGAAUAGACAAGGAAUUUUACCUGCUGCUCACAGUGUUUGAUGAGAAUCUGAGCAGGUAUCUUGAUGAAAACAUUCAGAAGUUUACCUGGCGUCCCUUCAGUGUUGACAAGGAAGACAAAGAGUUUGUGAAAUCCAACCGAAUGCAUGCUAUCAAUGGCUAUAUGUAUGGCAACCAGCCAGGCCUAAGUAUGUGCAAAAAGGACAGAGUUUCCUGGCAUUUGAUUGGAAUGGGCACUGACACUGACAUGCAUGGAGUUUAUUUUCAAGGCAACACUAUCCACCUACGAGGGACUCAUCGCGAUUCCCUGACCCUGUUUCCCCAUGUGUCCACAACGGUAUUCAUGCAGCCAGACCAUGCAGGUAUUUUCAAGGUGUUUUGCUCCACCUUGCAUCACUUCAACAGAGGCAUGGGUCAGAUAUAUGAGGUCAACAGCUGUGGCAACAGGGACCCUUCUGAGCAGCCGUACGGGAUGAUAAGAACCUUUUACAUCGCUGCUGAAGAGGUAGAAUGGGAUUAUGCCCCUAACAAAAACUGGGAGUUCGAAAAGCAGCACUUGGACGCAGGAGGGGAAAGACAUGGAGAUAUAUUUAUGAACCACACUGAAAACUGGAUUGGCUCUCAGUACAAGAAAGUGGUUUACAGGGAAUAUACCAAUGGAGAAUUUGUGGAGAUCAAAGCUCGACCACCGCGAGAGGAGCACUUAGAACUCCUGGGUCCAAUGAUUCAUGCUGAGGUGGGUGACACCAUCCUGAUCAUAUUUAAGAACAAAGCCAGCCGGCCCUACUCCAUCUCAGCCCAGGGUAUAGAGGAUAUGGACAGUGGGAAGCGACUCGAUGUGCCCAUCACAAAGCCAGGAGAAGUAAAAACUUACAGAUGGAAUGUCCCAAAAAGAUCAGGGCCAGGGCCCUCUGAUCCCAAUUGUAUUCCAUGGGUUUACUAUUCAACAGCAAACUUUGUGAAGGACACAUAUAGUGGGCUGAUGGGUCCUUUGAUUACAUGCCGAGAAGGAGUAUUGAAUGAAAAGGGAAGAAGAAGUGAUGUUGAUUAUGAAUUUGCUCUCUUGUUUUUGGUAUUUAAUGAGAAUGAAUCCUGGUAUCUGGAUGACAAUAUCAAGAAGUAUCUCAAUAAAGAUCCACGGGAUGUUAAGCGCACUGUUGAUUUUGAAGAGAGCAACAAAAUGCAUGCCAUUAAUGGAAAGAUUUUUGGAAAUCUCCAUGGCCUCAUAAUGAAUGAAGACACAAUGACAAAUUGGUACUUGUUAGGAAUAGGAAGUGAAGUGGACAUACAUACCAUCCAUUAUCAUGCGGAGAGCUAUAUUUUCAAAAUAGAUAGAUCUUACCGAGAAGAUGUUUAUGAUCUCUUUCCUGGGACAUUCCAAACCAUUGAACUCUUUGCGGAUCACCCAGGGACAUGGCUGCUACACUGUCAUGUGUCUGAUCACAUCCAUGCUGGCAUGGAGACAACCUACACAGUCCUCCGGAACAUAGACAACAGGAUUCCUUACUCCACCAAGUCUCCUGGAGGGGCAUCCCACCCGGCCACAGUGCCCUCCAACGAGAGAGGCAGGUGCCUGACACCUCACUUUUCUUUUUUCACAGGUAGGGAGGAGCUGUAUUUCUUUGGCAAGAAUCUGGGUCCGAGAGGAGCCAAGGCUACUUUGGUCAUCCUUUUCAUCGUGGGACUCCUCCUCCUGGUUACCACCGUGAUUCUCUCCCUCAGACUGCGCUCCGCAAGGAGGCAGAGGCCUUAUCAGGAAGUCCAGUCUUGUGCGCUCCCCACGGAUGCUUUGUGA